CGCGCCGGUGAGAUCGGGCGCGCGGCAGAAGGUGAGCGCGCACGGGCGAACAUUUGUCUGUUUGAGUUAGUAACCGAUAAUAAUAAUCAUACAAAUUAAAAAAAAAAACUGAGAGAAGAGUAACUGGGAGAAUAAGGGGAAGCUACAAUGUCCAACUCACGGAGGUCUUCUGGCGUGGCACGAGGGAAGAGACCCCCGGAUUUGGAGCUCUCGGACCCUUCGUUUCGGCCGCCCGGUGCAGGAGCCCCGGAGGGCAACGACACGUCCUCUGGGAGAGACCGAAUGCCAGAGGACGGUAACACGACCACGGACGGGCCCAAUGUUUACCUCCACCCGUACUUAUCUCACCCCCGGAUGUCGGUGCGCAUGUCGGUGUACAGCACCGGGAUCCGGCCGGUCCUCACACGCGCCUACGUCCAAGGACAAGUGUACAACUUCCUGGAAAGGCCGUCUGGCUGGAGAUGCUUCGUGUAUCACUUCACAGUGUUUCUCAUAGUUCUGGCCUGUCUCAUCCUCAGCGUCCUGUCGACCGUGGACCAGUACCAGGCCCUGGCUCACACAACACUCUUCUGGGUGGAGAUCGUCCUUGUGGUGUUCUUCGGCGUGGAAUAUUUUGUCCGCCUCUGGUCAGCCGGCUGCCGCAGUAAAUAUGUCGGCAUCUGUGGCCGACUGCGCUUCGCAAGGAAGCCCAUAUCUAUAAUAGAUCUGAUUGUGGUUGUUGCCUCAAUAGUUGUGCUGUCAGUGGGCUCCAAAGGCCAGGUCUUCGCCACCUCUGCUGUAAGAGGGAUUCGCUUCCUGCAGAUCCUACGGAUGCUGCAUGUGGACCGGCAGGGAGGGACCUGGCGCCUCCUCGGCUCCGUCGUCUUCAUCCAUCGGCAGGAGCUGAUCACCACCCUCUACAUCGGCUUCCUGAGCCUCAUCUUCUCCUCGUACUUCGUCUACCUGGCGGAGAAGGACGCAGUCGACAGCAGCGGCUACAGCGAGUUUGAAAACUACGCGGAUGCCCUGUGGUGGGGAGUGGUGACUGUGACGACCAUUGGAUACGGAGACAAAGUGCCACAAACCUGGAUCGGAAAGACCAUUGCAUCCUGUUUCUCAGUCUUUGCCAUUUCCUUCUUUGCGCUGCCUGCAGGAAUCCUGGGCUCCGGCUUCGCCCUGAAGGUGCAGCAGAAGCAGAGGCAGAAACACUUCAACAGGCAGAUCCCUGCAGCGGCCUGUCUCAUUCAGACUUCAUGGAGGUGUUUUGCGGUGGAGAACUUUGAUUCUGUCACGUUCAAGAAGUUUUUGAAGAAGAGGGCCCACGUCUCUGCCUCGUCUGCGUCCACCCUCAAGCCCAAGAAAUCGGUGAAGAUAAGGAGGAAGCUGAGGAGCAGCGACAAGGACAACGGCCCCACUUCUCCCACCAUCCCCAGCAUCACCUACAGCUCCGUGUUCGACAGCGGCAGGGAGCUGAGUUCAGACGUGUACAGCACCGUGGGCACAGAUUGCCAGCAGUCCUGGACGUCUUUGUCGUCCCUUCAGUUCAGCUCACCUCCUCCAGUGAAGCGGAGCCCGGGCCUCCUGGACGUCCACUCCCCCGACCCCCCCACCCCGCGGAGGACCUGCAGCUUCGCAGAGGACCUGGACCUGGAGGCCGAGCGAGACAGCGAGCUGGCCCCCGUCGCCUCCGUGUCACAAUUGACGGAGUCACACCGGAGAGCCAUCCGGGUCAUCCAGAGGAUGCGUUAUUUCGUGGCCAAGAGGAAUUUCCAGCAAGCACGGAAACCGUACGAUGUGCGCGACGUGAUCGAGCAAUACUCCCAGGGUCACCUCAACCUCAUGGUGCGAAUCAAGGAGCUUCAGAGAAGGCUGGACCAAUCUAUCGGGAAGCAAACGUUGUUCCAGUCGGGUUCCGACAGAGCCAAAGACAAAGGCACCAACUCCAUCGGCUCCAGGCUCAACCGGAUGGAGGACAAGAUGACGCACAUGGACCACACCCUGAGCCGCGUGGCGGAGUCCCUCGCCUCUCUGCUGGACCGGAGGGACGGUCCCAGGCCGCCGCGGCCCGGCCGGACCCGCGGCGUCCCCCCCGGCCAGGGCAGCCUGCCGGGCUACGAGCAGCUGUCCUCGUCCCCGCCGUCCUCCACCUCCAACGCGGCCCGCGGCGCGGAUCCUCCCGGCGGCGCCGGCAGCCCGGAUGACAGCGGCUGACGGCUGGAGCCGAGGGCGUCCAGAAGGUUCUGAUCCUCUUGGUGGAGUUUGUUCUCCGUCCGACAAAGUUAUGUUACGUCGUCAAAACUACAAAGUGUAGGUUGAGUAAAAGUAGAUUAUUACAUCUGCAGUAGUCCUGUGAAAUGAGGCAUAUCGACCUUUUUUAAUCUGUUGCCAAAUUAUAGACUUCAAGCACAUUGCCUGCUUUCUACUGAAUGUUCCACAUGCAAAGGAGAUUCAUUGAUUUUUCUACAUAUCCUUGUCCUUUUAAAUCUUUUGGAGAUGAUUUACACUUUGUUGCCUCUUUUUGAAAUAUGACUGGAAAUCUGUUCAGGUUAAAGCCAAAGACGUACUGUGAUUUAAAAGAAACAAAUUGAACUCAUUCAUAUUUAAGGGAUGCGGGGGCCUUAUAUUACAGUUCUUCGCUGGAAGAGGUUUCCGUUUAAUCAAAUAGCGUUUUUCCUUUUUUUUUUAUGUUUAGAAAUAUUCAUCUGUUUGAAUAAAAGAUUGUGG